AUGGGUAAUGGUAAUAUAACUGGUACAAAAAACGAUCAAAAACAAAAAUCAGCUGGAUUAAAAAAUAAACAAUUUGGAGAUUUAUUUAAUCGAAAAACGUCUACAGAUAAUUUAGUAUUUUAUGCUUGUACGGAUAAAGCUCGAGUCAUAACAGAAAUACUGGAAGAACGCGGUUGGUCUCGUACAAGAGAUCAAACUGUAACUAAUUUUACUAUAAAAUGGUGUCUUGAACAUCAAGUUGAUUGGAACAAAUUUCAAGAAGGAAAACAAUUAAUUAAUAAUAUACCUGGUCAAAUAACAUUUGCUGAUAAAGUUAAUUUAUGGUACACAAUAAGAGAUUAUUUGAAUCAUAGACGGAGUAUAGUUGGAAACAAUAUUCAAACAUUUCUUCCCAUGACAUUUGUCCUUGACGAUGACAAUGAAGUUGCUGAAUUUUUACGUGUUUAUAAAAAGCAAACUCGAACUUGGAUAUGCAAACCACGUUAUAGUUAUGCUGGUCAAGGGAUUCAUGUUAUAUCAGUCAAUUCUGAUUUGGAAACAAUAUUUAAAGUGAAAAAUGUUGCUGGUAAUCGUAUACAACAUCAACCCAAAUCACCCGGCUAUCUAAUGCAAGAAUAUAUUUCACGGCCACUUCUUAUUAAAGGUCGAAAGUUUGAUAUGCGUGUGCAUUGGCUUGUUGCGUGGACAAAGCCACUACUAGCAUUUUAUAACCAUCAUGCAUCAGUGAUACGUCUCUCACUUAAUCUAUAUAGAGAAUUUGAUUUCGAUCGUGCGACGCAUUUAACUAAUUUAUCAAUACAAGAAAAUCAUCAUCGUUAUGCAUUUUCACAAGAAGCGACAGGAAUGACUAUGCAACAAUUGAAUCAGUAUUUUAAUCAAUGUUUUCGACCAUUUCAUCCAAAAAUGCCUCAAGAUUGGGUGAUGACUGUUAUGCAGGAUCGUAUGCAAACCAUCAUUCGGCAAGUUAUACGUGCAAGUAAAAGUAAAUUAGAACGUAUAGCAGGCCAUUUUGGUUUAUUUGGUUGCGAUUUUUUACUUGAUGAAAAUUUUCGAUUAUGGCUUUUAGAAGUAAAUGAUAAUCCUGGUGUUGGUUGGGGCAAUACACAAGUAAAUAUAACAACAAAGCCGUUAUUUGAAGAAACACUUAAUAUUGUAUUUGAAUGCUUCGAAAAGCAUUCAAACGGUCAGUCUUUAUUACCAAUUCAAUGUUUAAAAAAUUACCAACUUAUUUAUGAUGAAAAUAAUGAUACUGAAAAGAUUCUUCAUGAUGAUAAUCAAAUAUUUAGUGAACGUUCAUCAGUACGUCCUUUGACGAGAGAUUUUUCGGUACGUUCAUCUUUGACUCGUACUGCAACUCGUAUAAAAAGUGGUCAAACGUCCACAGCAACUUCUACAGUUGUAAAUAGCGAUAUUAUAAUUCCAUUGACUAUUGAACCAAAUUUCGAUAGAAAUAUUAAUUCAAAAGAAACUAAAGAAACAAUGAAACUGAUUGAUAAUCAUAAUAUUGACUAUGAACGUUUGGCCAAAAUGAAAGAUUUGAGAGCAAGAUAUACAUUUCGAAUACGAACGCAUUCACUAGAUAAAUUCAAUGAUAUUAGUAUUAAACGAUCACUUUCAUCAGGCACUCCAGUAAACAUCAUACAACGAAAGAAAUAUCUUGAUUUAAAACUAGAUGUUCCAGAUAAAAAACGUAAUAUACAAAAAACGAGCAUUAUAAUUCCGACUUUUACACAAGGAGAUAAAAAGGAGAACGCAAUAAUUAUUGAAGAAGAUGAACGAGAACAACAAAGUCUCUCAACAGUACCAUCGUCCAAUAUUGAACUGAAUGGAAAUGGGAAUUCAGCAACCCUUUGUGCUGUUCAUUAA